AGAUUUUGUAAAUAGUUCAGUAUAGUUUUUUGUUGAUGUUUUGAAAAAUUUUCGCAGAAAAAUGACCACGAAUAUUGAGAACUAUAGUGACUAUUGUUGCGGGUGUUUUACUAAAAGCCAAAAUUUAACAUCCUUGCAAUCAGAUUUGAAUAAAGAAAAGACAAUAUAUGAAGUAUUUUUCGAGAUAACUGGGAUUGAAAUUUCGAUGUCUGACUCUUCAGAAUUUAAUAAAAAUAUUUGUUCAGAUUGUCUGCAACAACUGAAAAACGCCUUCAGUUUCCGGGAAAUGUGCCUGGAGACCCGGAAGAAGUUUUUUGGUCUGCUAGAAAACCAAGUGGAUCAAUCUAUUGCUGUGGAGAAUACUAAAGAUGAGUCAGUUGGGGAUAAAGUUGGUCAGGAAGAGUGUUCAGAAGCUCACCAAUUCACCAGUUCUCCACUCACCAAAGAAUUUGUCUCUCAGAAAACUUCCCCAAAGAACCACAGUAGAAAAUAUCCCAAAAUAUCCUGCAAGGCUACAAAAUUAUCACCGCAAAAGGUUCUUCUAAACAGGGGUCAUAAACGGAUUGGGCACAAAAUCGAAGAGGAAACAUCAGAAACUGGAACCAAUUAUCUAUGCAGCACUUGUGGCAAGAGCUUCAAGACGAGGCAGAGACUGCAGAAUCACAUAAUAACUCAUACGGGUGAGAAGAAAUUCUCCUGUAGCAUUUGCAGCAAAAGGUUUGCCAUCGCAAAUAGCCUGAAGAAUCACAUGAGGAUCCAUACAGGAGAUAAGCCAUACAAGUGCUCAACUUGUGGUCUCUGUUUUUCCCAGAGGAACGUUUUAGUGUGCCACAGUCGGCUUCACACAGGAGAAAAACCAUUUACUUGCGAAAUUUGUCAGAAAAAAUUCAGACAAAAUGCCACUCUAAAGACUCACAUGGCUAUUCAUACAGGAAAAUCCAUUGAGUGUCCAGAUUGCAAGAAAACAUUCAGCAGGAUGUCUUUUCUUCAUGUACAUCGCCGAAAGCAUACGGGAGAGAAGCCAUAUGCUUGCGAUAGAUGUCCCAAUAGGUAUCGGCAAAAGUGCCACUUGGCUCAGCAUAUGGAUACGCAUGAUGGAGUGAAAUACCAGUGUUUAAUCUGCAAGAAGGACUACUCCAAGAAAUGGAGUUUAAAAAUUCACAUGAUUUCCAUCCAUUCGGAUGGUAGUCGAUUCAAAUGUGACUGUGGACUCUCAUUCGUCCGCAGAGACAAAUUCAUUUUUAGGUACCGGAAGCACAUGAAAAUAGUUCACGGAAAGGAUAUUGAUACGGAAAGAUAAAAAAGGCGCCAAGAAUACUUUGUCCAUUUCCCACCAGAGGCGCUGCCCAUACUAGUAUAACAAGUUUUGCAAAACCACCACCGUGGCUCUCUGAUAGAAAAUUGGAAAAUCGGAUAACACAGAUGAAAAAGGAAAAAAUUACAGCUAAAACUUCUUAAUUUGUGUAUCAAUUUGUCAAUUCCCAUUUCUUCAAUAAAACUCGAUUAUUUCA